CGCUCGGCUGGCCGGCGCCAGGGCUGGGCUGUGCAGAGCAAGAUGGCGGACAAGGCGCCCGGCGGCUCCCAGAGACCCGCCGGGAAGGGCAGAGGGCCAGAUGCAGUACACACCACUGGAUCUGCUGAUUCACAUCCUCUAAUGGAAAGUAAACUUAAAGCCUUCAGCAUUGGCAAGAUGAGUGCUGCCAAAAGGACUCUGAGCAAGAAGGAACAAGAAGAAUUGAAAAAGAAGGAGGAUGAGAAGGCUGCUGCAGAAAUUUAUGAAGAAUUCCUGGCUGCCUUCGAAGGAGGUGAUGGUGGGAAAGUGAAAACAUUUGUAAGAGGAGGAAUCGUUAAUGCAUCAAAAGAGGAGCACGAAACAGAUGAAAAACGGGGUAAAAUCUAUAAGCCCUCGUCCCGAUUUUCAGAUCAGAAAAACCAGCCAAGUCAGCCCUCCAACGAGAAACCUCCGUCCCUCCUGAUGAUCGAAACCAAAAAGCCUCCGCUGAAGAAAGGAGAGAAGGAAAAGAAAAAGAGCAAUUUGGAACUUUUUAAAGAGGAAUUAAAGCAAAUACAAGAGGAGCGUGAUGAGAGGCACAAAACAAAAGGUAGAUUGAGUCGUUUUGAACCACCCCAGUCUGAUUCAGAUGGGCAGCGUCGCUCAAUGGAUGCUCCUUCAAGAAGAAACAGAUCGUCUGGUGUCCUGGAUGAUUAUGCACCAGGUUCCCAUGAUGUUGGAGAUCCAAGCACAACAAAUUUAUAUCUUGGCAACAUUAAUCCACAGAUGAAUGAAGAGAUGUUAUGUCAGGAAUUUGGACGCUUUGGACCAUUAGCGAGUGUUAAAAUUAUGUGGCCAAGAACAGAUGAAGAAAGAGCAAGAGAAAGAAAUUGUGGCUUCGUUGCCUUUAUGAACAGGAGAGAUGCUGAAAGAGCGUUGAAGAAUUUAAAUGGCAAGAUGAUCAUGUCGUUUGAGAUGAAGCUGGGCUGGGGCAAAGCUGUACCUAUUCCACCACAUCCCAUCUACAUUCCGCCUUCCAUGAUGGAGCACACCCUCCCUCCUCCCCCGUCAGGACUGCCUUUUAACGCCCAGCCCAGGGAGAGGUUGAAGAACCCCAACGCUCCAAUGUUACCACCCCCAAAAAACAAGGAGGACUUUGAGAAGACUCUGUCGCAAGCCAUAGUCAAAGUGGUUAUCCCAACAGAAAGGAAUUUGCUCGCUUUGAUCCACCGAAUGAUAGAGUUUGUGGUGCGGGAAGGGCCCAUGUUCGAAGCCAUGAUCAUGAACAGAGAGAUCAACAACCCCAUGUUCAGGUUUUUGUUUGAAAACCAGACUCCAGCCCAUGUCUAUUAUCGGUGGAAGCUUUAUUCAAUUCUUCAGGGAGAUGCUCCAACCAAGUGGAGGACAGAAGAUUUCCGAAUGUUCAAAAACGGCUCUUUCUGGAGGCCCCCCCCGCUGAACCCAUACCUGCACGGCAUGUCUGAGGAGCAGGAGACAGAGGCCUUUGUGGAGGAACCCAACAAGAAGGGGGCACUCAAGGAAGAACAGAGGGACAAACUGGAGGAGAUUCUGCGUGGAUUGACCCCUCGGAAGAACGACAUUGGUGAUGCGAUGGUUUUCUGUCUCAAUAAUGCAGAAGCUGCUGAAGAGAUUGUCGACUGCAUUACAGAAUCACUGUCCAUUCUCAAGACUCCUCUUCCUAAGAAGAUUGCAAGGUUGUAUCUGGUGUCAGAUGUGUUGUACAACUCUUCAGCUAAAGUUGCCAACGCUUCCUACUACAGAAAAUUUUUUGAAACAAAAUUAUGUCAGAUAUUCUCUGAUCUCAAUGCUACUUACCGUACAAUACAAGGCCAUUUACAGUCUGAAAAUUUCAAGCAACGGGUCAUGACAUGCUUCCGAGCAUGGGAGGACUGGGCAAUCUACCCAGAGCCAUUUCUGAUCAAACUGCAGAACAUCUUCCUGGGGCUGGUGAACAUCAUGGAAGAUAAAGAAACAGAGGAAGUACCAGAUGAUCUGGAUGGUGCUCCCAUAGAGGAAGAGCUGGAUGGUGCUCCACUGGAAGAUGUGGAUGGAAUUCCUAUUGAUGCUGCUCCCAUUGAUGAUCUGGAUGGAGUCCCAAUUAAAUCCCUGGAUGAUGACCUUGAUGGAGUUCCUUUGGACACAACUGAAGACUCAAAAAAGAACGAGCCUAUAUUUAAAGUUGCCCCUUCCAAGUGGGAAGCAGUGGAUGAAUCAGAACUGGAAGCUCAAGCUGUUACAACUUCUAAGUGGGAGCUUUUUGACCAACACGAAGAAUCUGAGGAGGAGGAAAUUCAAAACCAAGAAGAAGAAAGUGAAGAUGAGGAAGACACUCAGAGUUCCAAGUCAGAAGAGCAGCACAUGUAUUCCAAUCCCAUUAAAGAGGAAAUGCCUGAAUCCAAGUCGUCGGUGAAAUACUCGGAGAUGAGCGAAGAGAAGCGUGCCAAGCUCCGGGAGAUUGAGCUUAAGGUGAUGAAGUUUCAGGAUGAGUUAGAAUCUGGGAAAAGACCCAAGAAACCAGGCCAGAGUUUUCAGGAGCAGGUUGAACACUAUAGAGACAAGCUGCUCCAGAGGGAAAAAGAAAAAGAGAUGGAAAGAGAACGGGACAGAGACAAAAAGGACAAGGAGAAAUCCGAGACCAGGUCCAAGGAGAAGAAGGAGAAGGAGGAAUCGACACCCACACGAAAAGAGAGGAAGAGGCGGCACAGCGCUUCCCCCAGCCCGUCCCGCAGCAGCGGCAGCCGCCGGGCCAAGUCGCCGUCGCCCAAGUCGGAGCGCUCGGAGCGCUCCCACAAGGAGAGCUCCCGCUCCCGCUCCUCCCACAAAGACUCCCCCAGGGAUGUCAGUAAAAAGGGCAAGAGGUCACCAUCUGGCUCCAGGACACCCAAAAGAUCGAGAAGAUCACGAUCCAGAUCCCCUAAAAAGUCAGGGAAAAAAUCCAGGUCUCAGUCCCGUUCUCCUCACAGAUCUCACAAGAAGUCAAAGAAAAGCAAACACUGACAAUGUUAAUAUUUUUUAUGAUGCUGUCACUUACUGGAAAUGCGGUUUUGUUUUUGUGCCUGAACAGUCUGUUAAAAAACAAAAAAGCAUUCCUGAUUUAUUUUUUUUUUUUUGUGAAUGCACGUGUAUACUCAUGAGUAUCGGCAUCUGUAGACCUGUCAUUGUUUUAUAUUGUACAAAUAUCUUCAUUGUGACUAUUUCCCGAAAGAAACAUUUUUGUGUUUAGGAGUUUCACCAGAAAUGUGUGUAACUGAUCUGCUGGCAGUAGUGAGAUUUUGUUUUAGAAUGUUGUGACAUAGCAGAAAUAACUCCGAUGUUCCCCCUUUUUGUAGCUUUGACGAUAUGAAUUAGAUUUCAAAUAAAAUCUGGACAGAAAAUGAA